CUCAAUGGCACCAUCUCAUCCUUCCCCUCUUAGCUGGCAGGGCACAGCGUAACCACUUUUUCUUAAAGUGACUGAUGCCGGAACUCUUUCCUGAGAUCGCAUCCCUAGAGGGCAUCCUAUCUUGUCACUUUGCUGUCGCAGUGAUGGAGCGCUAGGAAACGGAAUGUCAGAAAGCUAGUCGAAGCAAAGAAACAUCUCAAUAAACCUUCUCGGUAAAAGCACUGAAAGAAUGCGGCAGGUGCCCCGGAAGCGGAAGUGUAUCCUUUUCAUGAAAGGCUGGACUUCGCGGAGUGGUGACGUUUCCUCAUUGGGCGGAAGGUUCGGUGGCAAUCGUCGGUCUUCCAGCUGGUGGGAGUUGGCGUCGCUGUGCUGGGCGCUGGAGCCCUAGUUUGUAUAGUUUGGGAAGUCGGGCUUUGGAGUCGCACCUGUCUGACCCCUGAUUUCCUUGGUUUCCUUCCGCGGCGCGGGGGCCUCGCGAAAGAAUCCCCGGCCCCUUUGGGCCGCAGCGGUAGCGGUGCUUUUUUGCGGUGAGGAAAGUAAGGCUCAGAGAGAUUAAGUAACUUGCCCAAAGUAACACAGCCAGUAUGUAACAGAGCUGGGAUUUGAAUCCAAGUCUGUCAGACUCCCAAGCCCAUGCUCUUUCCAGUACUUCACACUACAGCAGAUUUUCUUGUAAUCACAUCUUAAAGCUACUUCAAGAUGGUACUAGCAGACCUUGGAAGAAAAAUAACAUCAGCAUUACGCUCAUUGAGCAAUGCCACCAUUAUCAAUGAAGAGGUAUUAAAUGCCAUGCUAAAAGAAGUAUGUACAGCAUUACUGGAAGCAGAUGUUAAUAUUAAACUAGUGAAGCAACUAAGAGAAAAUGUAAAGUCUGCUAUUGAUCUUGAAGAGAUGGCAUCUGGGCUUAACAAAAGAAAAAUGAUUCAACAUGCUGUGUUUAAAGAACUGGUGAAGCUUGUAGACCCUGGAGUUAAAGCAUGGACACCGACUAAAGGAAAACAGAAUGUGAUCAUGUUUGUUGGAUUGCAAGGGAGUGGUAAAACAACAACAUGUUCAAAGUUAGCAUAUUAUUACCAGAGGAAAGGUUGGAAGACCUGUUUGAUAUGUGCAGACACAUUCAGAGCAGGAGCUUUUGACCAACUAAAACAGAAUGCUACCAAAGCAAGAAUUCCAUUCUAUGGAAGCUAUACAGAAAUGGAUCCUGUUAUCAUUGCCUCUGAAGGAGUGGAGAAAUUCAAAAAUGAAAAUUUUGAAAUUAUUAUUGUUGAUACAAGUGGACGCCAUAAACAGGAAGACUCUUUGUUUGAAGAAAUGCUUCAAGUUGCUAACGCUAUACAACCUGAUAACAUUGUUUAUGUGAUGGAUGCCUCCAUUGGACAGGCUUGUGAAGCCCAGGCAAAGGCUUUUAAAGAUAAAGUAGAUGUAGCUUCGGUAAUAGUGACAAAACUUGAUGGCCAUGCAAAAGGAGGCGGUGCACUCAGUGCAGUUGCUGCCACAAAAAGUCCAAUUAUUUUCAUUGGUACAGGGGAACACAUAGAUGAUUUUGAACCUUUCAAAACACAGCCUUUUAUCAGCAAGCUUCUUGGUAUGGGUGACAUCGAAGGACUGAUAGAUAAAGUCAAUGAGUUGAAGUUGGAUGACAAUGAAGCACUUAUAGAGAAGUUAAAACAUGGUCAGUUUACGUUGCGAGACAUGUAUGAACAAUUUCAAAAUAUCAUGAAGAUGGGCCCCUUCAGUCAGAUCUUGGGUAUGAUCCCUGGUUUUGGUACAGAUUUUAUGAGCAAAGGAAAUGAACAAGAGUCAAUGGCAAGGCUAAAAAAGUUAAUGACAAUAAUGGAUAGUAUGAAUGAUCAAGAACUUGACAGUACUGAUGGUGCCAAGGUUUUUAGUAAGCAACCAGGAAGAAUCCAGAGAGUAGCAAGAGGAUCAGGUGUGUCAACAAGAGAUGUUCAAGAACUUUUGACACAAUAUACCAAAUUUGCACAGAUGGUAAAAAAGAUGGGAGGUAUCAAAGGACUUUUCAAAGGUGGUGACAUGUCUAAGAAUGUGAGCCAGUCACAGAUGGCAAAACUGAAUCAACAAAUGGCCAAAAUGAUGGAUCCAAGAGUUCUUCAUCACAUGGUGUGUGACUUUCUUGGAGAGAAGAUUGCAUCUGUUUUGGGCAUUAGCACCCCAAAAUACCAAUAUGCCAUUGAUGAGUAUUACCGGAUGAAGAAGGAGGAAGAAGAAGAAGAAGAGGAAAACAGGAUGCCUGAGGAAGCAGAAAGACAAUAUAAGCAGAAUAAACUGCAGGCUGAUCCCAUUGUCCAGACAGAUCAACCAGAAACAAUGGUAUCCAGUUCAUUUGUGAAUCUCAAUUUUGAAAUGGAGGGAGACUGUGAAGUAAUUAUGGAAAGCAAACAAAACCCAGUCUCUGUCCCACCGUAGAAUGACUAUCAAACUUCAAAUUCUAGGGUUUUUGUAAUACCAGGAACUUUCACAUUCUUUAUUCAGUGGGACUUAAUACAGUUAUUUAUAUUUUAAAUUAUUAAGUUAUCUGGAAAGGCAAAAAUGUUUCUUCAUUCUUAGGCUCUAUCUAGCAAAAGCCAGAUCUGAAAUUUGAUUAUUUGUACUAUGCUUUUACUGUGUAUCAAAUUAGUGCUUUGGUUUUAGAAUGUUCUUUAAAAAAACUAAGGACAUUGUAGAGCCCUAAUUGCCAAAAAUAAGAGUUAAAUUAUCAAGCUUGUCUGUUGUGUUUGUAAGAAAAAAAUAGUUAAAAUUACUGAUUAAGACUAAUUGGAGCUGAUUUUCCUAGUUUCAGAUUAAAAUGAGGAUUCCCCCCCCCCCAGAUUUCUCAUGUUGUCUUACAUUUAUAUAUCUAACCAUUAAUUUCAUACUAAGGAUGGUUCACUGAGUGUAUAAUAAAAGGAGCAAGAUAAAAGCACUUUGAUUUUUCUUUCCUUGAAAAUAUUUCAUGAAAAGGUAAUUGAGUUUAUAAUAACACCAAUUCUUUAUUUUUGGGGGGGGGUUCCAUUUUUUAAUGCAGGUUUCUUACCCUUUUUUUUUUCCAGCAGUUAUGCAAAUUAAAUAACUAGCUUUGAACAUGUUAAAAACACUAGUUAUAGGAUGUAUUUAUUAAUGUAUUUGUAUUCAAGUGGUAAUACCUAGUGAUUAUCCACAUGGCAUCCUGAUUUUGUCACUCAGUGGAACUUGAACACUUCUUGUGGGUCAGCAGUUGGGAGGGAGGUGGGUGGGGUGAGGGACAGAUGAAGAUUUGAUCCUUCAGGGGCAUACUAUUGAAUACUGUACAAGGCCCAGGGUAGCAUAGUGAAGUUUCCAGUCAUUCCCUUCUUUGAAGUAGCAACAGUACUUAACAGGACAGUUUACUUAACCCAGGUUUGGCCUCUAGAGCCCACUGUGCUAUGAGCAAAGCUUACAAAAGUAUAAUAUGAAACUAACUUUGAAAAUAUUCCUAAAUAUAUGCUUAUUAUAAUCUUGA